AUGGUAAACUUUUAUCGCCGGUUCCUACCGAACUGUACCGACCUUAUGCUGCCACUCACCAACUUGCUCUCAGGUCCCAAGGGUCCCCUUGGGUUACGUGGCCACGCGCUGACUGCUUUUGAGAGAAUAAAGACCUCCCUUGCUGAUGCUACCUUGCUCACUCAUCCUGUUCCAGAAGCCCCAUUGUCCCUGAUGGUUGAUGCUUCUACCGUUGCCGUAGGAGCAGUCCUCCAACAGCAUAUCAGCGACUCGACACGACCGUUGGCAUUCUUUUCCAAAAAGCUUUCACCUGCCGACACGAGAUAUAGCACGUUUGGCCGUGAACUUCUUGCCAUUUACCUAGCCGUAAAACAUUCCCGACACUUUCUUGAGGGUCGUGACUUCACAAUUUUCACAGACCACAAACCACUUACAUUUGCCAUCCGGUCCCAUUCUGACAAAUAUAACUCAAGAGAGAUUUCUCAUUUGGAUUACAUCUCGCAAUUCACCACCGACAUCCUCCACAUUGAUGGCCCGAAGAGUGCGGUGGCCGACAUGCUGUCCAGACCUUCCCUCUCGGCGUUUCACCUCUCACACGGGAUUGAUCUUGGUGCUAUGGCGGCUGAACAACGACGUGCUGGAUGCCCUGGCGACGCGUCUGUUGACAGUCUUCAAUUAGUUGACGUCCCAUUGAUUACCGGCACUGGCACAAUCCUUUGUGACGUAUCGACUCCUUUUCAUCGCCCUUAUAUGCCUGCCUCGACGCGUCGAGCUGUUUUUCAAACUCUCCACGGACUCUCCCGUCCUGGGAUUCGAGCCUCACAGAAGCUCCUCGCGGAAAGGUUCGUAUGGCCUGGGUUGAACAAGGAUGUGAAAGCUUGGACACGAUCGUGCCUUUGCUGCCAACGUAACAAGGCUCAACGCCACAACAAGUCCCCAUCGGGCACGUUCCCCAGCCCCGAUGCACGGUUCAACCAUGUGCAUUUAGAUGUCGUAGGUCCUUUACCUCCAUCCACUGGCUAUACUCACCUUCUCACCUGCGUUGAUCGCUGUACCCGUUGGCCGAAAGCCAUUCCUUUACCGAAUGUGCACGCUGAGACCAUUGUGAAAGCCUUCGUCAGUCGUUGGGUCGCCAUAUUCGGUGCGCCAUCCAUGAUUACGACUGAGCGAGGCGCGCAGUUUGAGUCCACACUUUUCCAAACUCUCCUCAACUUCCUUGACUGCACACGUAUUCGGACGACGGCCUACUACCCAGCUGCCAACGGCAUGGUUGAGCGUUUUCACCGCCGGCUAAAAACUUCACUGCGUGCCGCAGAAGAUCCCAAAAACUGGUCAGACAAUGUACCCGUUGCACUUCUUGGCAUUCGUGCGGCACUGAAGUCAGACUUGGACUGCAGCGCAGCCGAAUUGGUUUUCGGCACUACCCUUCGACUCCCUGGUGAGAUGGUCACCCCAACCUCUCGUGGUGCCGAAGAGACCCCCGAAAAUUUUGUGCAUCGUUUGCGACAAUUCACGCGCUCGCUUUCCCCGGUUCCACCUCGAGCUCCAUCGACCGAGCCUAAUGUUGAAAAAGGCUUAGCCAAUUGCACCCAUGUGUUCUUUCGGUGUGAUCGUGUGCGGAAGCCGUUAGAAUCAUCAUACGAAGGACCGUUUCGUGUGUUUGCACGUAAUAGCAAGACCUUUCGGAUUCUGCGAGGUGACAAAGAGGACGUAGUCAGCAUCGACCGGGUCAAGGCUGCUGUUGCAGAGGAGUCCCCGGACGUGUCUCAAGGCCAAGCAUGUGCUGACCCCAUACCUCCUCCAACUCCUUUUCCACUUUCCCCACCUAGUCCUCCGUCCCGUAUACUUCCUCUUCCUUCUUGUUCGCAGCAUCAAACUGCAACCUCUUCCUCCACCCUUAACUUUUCCACUACAACACCUACUCAGCUGCCUCCAACAGUGCCUCCCGCAUAUAUCACCCGCAGUGGACGUCACGUUCACUUUCCCGAUCGUCUAGUUACUCAUUUCUCCUAG